GGCGGCGACAAGCCGAGUACGACUAUCUAGCGCCCGCACGUUUACUUAGAGGACCAAUGACUGACGCGAAUCUCUAAUCUGCAGCCGUCCACAUGGAUCCGGCCUUGGUCAAAUAUGCCAACAUGUACACCAAGCGACACGAGUUCUUCCGCUGGACUCCUCGAACUGCCUGGCUCUCUUUUGUUUACAUCAUCGCCAUUCCUUCCGCCACAUUAUAUCUCUUCCAGUCACAUGAGGGGAAAUACUCACUACGCGGAAAGCUGAAGGGCGAUGUCAUUGCUGAAUUUUAGAGGCUGAGACGUGCGAUUUGGGAGGAUAGGCGCGUGACGGUAGUCCGCUUGCGAUGAUACAAUGGAUUAUUGCGCCAGAAGGGCCUGUAUAAACAUUACGGAUCAUUGACAAUACUGCAAUUACUCUCUCUAAAGGACUUUUCCUUCAGAUUUUCUGUCC